CGGCUGCGGCUCCGGCUCCCGCUCCGGCUCGGGCUCCCGCUCGGGCUGCGGGCGGCCGGGGAGAUGCUGCGCCCGUAGGCAGCGCGGGGGGGACCGGCCGCUGCCCGCCCCGCUCGCCACAAUGAAAGGCGGAACACCUUCCUGCACCCAGUGACGGGACAGGCCCCCGAGGACACCUCAAGGCUUGACUUGCCAAAACACAGCUCGGACAUGUCCAGCAAGGCGGGCAGCAAGCGGCCGGCCACCGUCCCCAGCGAGCCCCCCAACCACGCCAUGGUGGCCGAGGUGCCCCCGGAGCGCCCCGGAGGCCGGGCUCCGCGCUCAUCCCGCAAGGGCAUCGCCUUCGGGAAGCGCUCCAACUCCAUGAAGAGGAACCCCAACGCCGCUGUCACCAAGAGCGGGUGGCUCUACAAGCAGGCCAGCUCGGGGGUGAAGCAGUGGAACAAGCGCUGGUUCGUGCUGGUGGAUCGCUGCCUCUUCUACUACAAAGACGAGAAGGAGGAGAACAUCCUGGGCAGCAUCCCCCUGCUCAGCUUCCGCGUGGCCGCCGUGCAGCCCUCGGACAACAUCAGCAGGAAGCACACGUUCAAGGUGACGGUGUGCUGGGUGCAGGAGCUGCCGGCGGGUAACGGGCAGCCCCUGUCUCCUCCCCAGGCCGAGCACGCCGGCAUCCGCACCUACUUCUUCAGCGCCGAGAACACGGAGGAGCAGGAGUCCUGGAUCCAGGCCAUGGGCGAGGCCGCCCGCGUGCAGAUCCCGCCGAGCCAGAGGCACGAGAAGCCGGACUCAGAGAACAUCCCCCCAAGCAAGCACCACCACCACCAUCACUGCAACGCCGCCCACCGCGAGCACCCCAAGGCCGAGCCCGACGCCAAGACCCGCGGGGAGGGCGACGGCCGCGGCUCGGAGAAGAUGGAGCGGAAGCCGUCGGAGCGGGCGGACGGCAAGAAGGAGCCUCUGGCCAAAGCCAACGGCCUGGUCGGGCAGGAGCCGCCCUCGGAGCCGGGCAGUCCCUACCCCGAGGGGCCGCGGGGGCCGGCGAGCGCCGAGCGGCCGGCUCAGCCCAACGGGUGGCCGUACCCCUCGCCCAGCCGGCCCGGCAGCACCGCCUUCCCCCCGGCGGGUGACGGUGACAGCGGGGCCCAGCGCCGCGGCGUCACCCCCAGGUCCCACCCCGAGAAGGUGGCCCAGCGCAAGAGCUCCAUGACGCAGCUGCAGCAGUGGGUGAACUCGCGCCGCGCCACCGCACCCACCGAGGAGCUGCGCAGCCCCACCAGGUUUUACCCCGUGUCCCGCCGGGUGCCCGAUUACUACUCGCCCUACUCACCACAAUACCCCGAGGAGUACCAGUACUAUCCGCCGGGCGUGCGCCCCGACAGCAUCUGCUCCAUGCCCGCCUUCGACCGCGUCAGCCCCCCGUGGGCGCUGGAGGACAAACGCCACUCCUUCCGCAACGGGGGUCCCUUCCACCCCGCCUUCGGCCGCCAGGACGUCCCGCUGUGGCUGCCGGCGCCCUCCAGGCCGCCCAGCUACCUGGACGAGGUGGACGCGGCCUCGGGCUCGCUGCGGAGGAUGUCGCUGCAGCCGCGCUCGCGCUCGGUGCCGCGCUCGCCCAGCCAGGGCUCCUACGGCCGCGCCAGGGUUUACUCGCCCGUGCGCUCGCCCAGCGCCCGCUUCGAGCGGCUGCCGCCCCGCGGGGAUGAGAUUUACGCCGACCCCGCCACUUUCGUGAUGCGCAGGUCCAUCAGCUCGCCCAAGUACGAUUACCUGGGUGACAGGCGGCCCGUCGCGGCCGGGGUGUACCCGUACCACUUCCCGGCAUCCCCCACCAUCCACGACAAAAUGGUGACGCCGUUCCCGGAGCCCUACAGGGACACCCUGCAGCCCUACAAGAUCAGCGAGCAGGACACCGAUAAGCUGCUGGGGAAGCUCUGCGAGCAGAACAAGGUGCUGCGGGAGCAGGAGAGGCUGGUGCAGCAGCUCCGCGCUGAGAAGGAGAGCCUGGAGAGUGCCCUGAUGGGGACCCACCAGGAGCUGGAGAUGUUCGGGAGCCAGCCUGCCUACCCGGAGAAGCUGCUGCACAAGAAGGAAUCGCUGCAGAACCAGCUCAUCAACAUCCGGGUGGAGCUGUCCCAGGCCAGCACGGCCCUGGCAAACAGCACGGCCGAGUACGAGAGCCUGGAGAGCGAGGUGUCCACCCUGCACGAUGACCUCUGGGAGCAGCUCAACCUGGACAUCCAGAACGAGAUGCUCAACCGGCAGAUCCAGCGGGAGAUCUGGCGGAUCCAGGACGUGAUGGAGGGGCUGAGGAAGACCAACCCCUCCCGAGGCACCGACACGGCCAAGCACAGAGUGGCGCUGGGCCCCUCGGGCACGUACAGCUCCAACAGCCCUGCCAGCCCCCUGAGCUCUGCCAGCCUCACCAGCCCCCUGAGCCCCUUCUCCCUCAUCUCCGGCUCCCAGGGAUCGCCCACCAAGCCCGGCCCUGGUGAGGAACCGGGCCCGCCUCGACCUCCCCUCCCCAAGUCCUACGUGCCCCUGGAGCCUCCUCCGGCCGUUCCUCCGCUCCCCAGCGAGAGCCGCCUCUGGCCCUACCCCGCCUCCCCUUCCUGGCACCAGGGAGAGGCCAAGCGGGGACAGCCCAAACCAGGCUUGGAGCAGAGCAAGAAGGAGCCCUCCCGGCCCAGCCCCGCUGGCCCCACGCCCGAGGGGCUCCCUCAGACCCGCCCGGAGCACGACGGGGACAAACAAGCGGCUCUCAACAAGGUGGGAAUCGUCCCCCCCAGGACCAAAUCCCCGGCGGAGGAGGAGGCGGUGCCCAGGAGGAACGGCCUGGCCAACGGGCUCAGCUCGCGGGAGAGACCCAAGAGCGCCGUGUUCGCCACCGAGACCAAGGUGAAGAUGAGCGUGGAGGAGCAGAUCGACCGCAUGAAGCGCCACCAGAGCGGCUCCAUGAAGGAGAAGCGGCGCAGCCUGCAGCUCCCCGGCCCGCAGCCGCUGCCCGGCCCCCAGCCCGACACCCCCGGCACCAAAACCCCCUCGUCCUACAAGGUGGUGCGGCGGCACCGCAGCAUCCACGAGGUGGACAUCUCGGACCUGGAGGCCGCGCUGCGCUCCGACGAGCCCGGCAAGGUGUACGAGACGCCGCAGGAGGAGAUCGCCCGGCUGCGCAAGAUGGAGCUGGAGCCGCAGCACUACGACGUGGACAUCAACAAGGAGCUGUCCACGCCGGACAAAGUCCUGAUCCCCGAGCGCUACGUGGAGCUGGAGCCAGAAUCGCCCCUCAGCCCCGAGGAGAUGAAGGAGAAGCAGAAGAAGGUGGAAAGGAUCAAGACUCUCAUUGCCAAAUCCAGCCUGCAGAACGUCAUCCCCCUGGGCGAGGGGGAGGUGGACACCCCGCAGGACCCUGAGGUGCAGCUGCAGGAGCAGGAGAAGAGGAUCGAGAUCUCCUGUGCCCUGGCUGCCGAGGCCUCGCGCCGCGGCCGGAUGCUCUCGGCUCAGUGCGCCACCCCCAGCCCUCCCACCUCCCCAGCCUCCCCGACUCCACCGACCAACCCCCUGUCGUCCGAGCCGCCCCGGGCCGACAGCAGCCACCUCAUGCGGGUGUGAGCCUGUGACCUCAAGCCCUGGCUGCUGCCGGCACCAUCAAGUUCCACGGGGCCACGUUUUAGUCCCCUCCUGAGGUGACACCGAACCUCUCGCCACCGUCCUCGGUUCUCCCGGACCCCCUUCCCUCCCUCCGGCGGCGACACCAGCGGGAGAGGUGGCACCGACGGGAGCCACGUCCCAAGGAGACGGGCAGGGGGCUGGGAUUGUCCCCAAGGAGCCCCCAGGGCUGUCAGUGGCCACAGGGACACCCCGGACAGCUGUGACAGCGGCCACCAGGACACAGCUGUGGCAGUGGCCAUAGGGACAGCUCUGGACAGCUGUGACAGCAGCUGGGACACACCUGGACAGCUGUGACAGCGGCCACCAGGACACAACUAUGACAGUGGCCACCAGGACACACCUGGACAGCUGUGACAGCGGCCACCAGGACACACCUCUACAGCUGUGACAGUGGCCACAGGGACACACCUCUACAGCUGUGACAGUGGCCACCAGCCCCACGGUGAGCACAGGACUCCUGGGACAGCUCCCCAAGGCCUGUGAAGGAGCUCUUGGGGUGGGGACCUGCCUGUCCCCACCACGGAUGGUGCUGCCACCUCCCAGUGGACCUGGCUGCUCCCCCUCGGCUCCUCGGGCGCCGUUUCCCCUCCCUGAGCUCUGGCCCUGAUUUUGGAAGCCGUCUGUGUCACCAGCAGUGGCUCAGCUGGAGGAAGAGGGGACAGGACGGAUGGAGGUGGCACUGGGGGGACACGGAGGUGCCCAGGGUGCUCCCAGGGCUCUCCAAGCACGGAGCAGGAGCUCUGGGGGCAGAGCAGGGAAUUGGGGUGCCAGGUGGGAUAACGGAGCUGUGGGGUCGGCAGGGACCCCCUCUGGAGGGUGGGGACGGUGCUGAGGAGGGGUUUGGGGACGGAGGUGUCGCCUGGGGACCUGCUGUCACCCUCCGAAAAUCCCUUCCCGCGGCUCUCCAGCCCCUUCCAGCGGUUCGGAUUUCCUGUAGCAAAUUCCCCCUUUUCUUUAUCAUCCCGGAGGGUGGGAAAGAAGCAGAAUCCCUGGAAGGAUGUGAGCAUGGCAGGGGCCAGGAGCUGGAUCCCAAAUCCCAAAUCCCCAGCCCCAAAUCCCAUCCAACCCUCCUGGCCCCAUCCCAAACCCCCAUCCCUGCAUCCCAAUCCCAACUUAGCAAUACUUGUAGGAUCCCUGGAGCCCUGAGCCCCGCUCCCUUCUGAGCCUCCCUCAGCCCCUUUAGCUCAUAAAGCUGGCCCUUUAUUUUGCUAUUUACAUGCCUUAAUAUAUGUUUGAUGGAAAUUCUACAUUUAUAAUAUAUAUCUAUAUUUGGGUUUUCCUCUCCUUUUCCCGGGAUAAAGCUCGUGCUGAGCUCUCUCUUCU